AUGCAGGCCCCUGCGGUGGCGGAGUCGGCGGCUGAUGAGGACUACCACCGCCGUGGAGGCACCCAGAAAGGUAGACUUUCUAAGAAAGGAAAUUUAUCAUCUUCCAGUGGUUGUAAUGAAGCGAAGUUGACUUUUUGUGAUGACGACUGGGAUUCCUUGGCACUAGGACAGAAAGCUGACGACAGUGAAAUCCGAAGCCUUGACAGCGUCGACCUGGAGCCGUCUGCUCCCGCGAGUCCAGACGGCAACAUGGAGAGCACGCGCGCUCCCUCCAGGGCGUCCGAGGACAGUCUCAGCUACGUUUUCUUGAAUGAAACAUACUCUAUCCAUUAUUCAGAGUCAAAACUGAAGGAUGAAAAUCUUAGUCUUUUAAAUUCAGAAUUAGAUUCUGAAAUGCAGAAAAGAGAGAUGUUUUUUGAUAUCUUGGAACAUAAAGUUGAUAAGAUUAUUGGCUUAGAAAGAGCCAAGGUUUCGGACGAUGAUGAUAAAGAACCUACCGAAGAUGUGCAGAGGCACGAAACCGAUGAAGACUCCCAGCUGGACUAUCUCAGCGCGGAAGAGCAGGAGUAUCUGAGCAGCCACUUAAAUUCUAAUCGGACAAAACCCCUGAACAUAUCUAGCCUGGAAGUUGCUGGGUUAAAUGAUGCAUGUUAUGAAGUUGAGCGUGCUAGCAGUCUAAAAGUUAAUGAUGUUAAGCUGAAAAGUUCUAGCAACUCUUUAGAUUUGGUUGAUGUUUAUGGACAAAGAGAUUCACCUCAUGUCUCCAAAUACCAGAAUUCUGUUAUGUUAAGAGACUAUCAUAAACCAAAGCACGAAAAUAAGGAACAAGACACGAGUUUAAUGUACCAUACAGUAUUUGGUGAAAUUUCACUAAGGAGUAGUUCUGAAAACCAGAAAUCUCUAUCUAAGAAUUCUUUCUUAAACCCUCAACAGGCAUUAAAAACCAAAAUUUAUACUGGCAAAAGCAAAUCUCAAGUCACGGAAAGUAAAGAGUUUUGUGGAGAUGCAACUGUUGAGAACAAAAUGUUUCAACACCUUGAAAACCGUAGCACGUCACCACAGGACAGAGCUCUAGAGACAUUACUACAGUGCUUUCAAGGUAGUCAGACUCCCUGUCCCUCCGUUGGUGGUGAUUCUGUCAUUUCUGCCUGUGAACAUUCACAGUAUGAAAGUCUGCCAGACACUCCUAACUCAGUCCGAGAUUUUUCUCUUACCUCACCAAGGAUUGGAGUUGAAGAUACUCAGACAAUAAAAGACAGCUCCCUAAAAGUUACUGAUGGCAGUGCCUCAAAUAAAACGUGCUUACACAGUGUGGAAGGAACACGUCCCCAAUCUGUGACAGAGGCGGCCGAGUGCACGGUCACCGUGAAUCAGACAGUGGAUGUCAGCACCGACUUCAGGGCUGGUUUCACAGCCAGCAGAGCGACCGGCGCCAGGCCUUCGGUAGUGUCUGUGUCCAGCAACACGGAGAUCACAAUGAUGAAUAAAAGACGCCCUGGGGAGGGGCAGAGGGCGAAACAAAGAAGCGUGGCUUGUAACACGGAUGGCUCACGUAGUCAUGACGACGAUGUGCCGACGGUGGGGACGAGAGCGUCACUGGGAAAAUCCCUCUCAGUUAACAGUAUAAAACCAAAUGGAAGUUUUCUAAGUAAGGAUUCCCUGGAAUUAAGAAAAGCACUUGCUGUUACAGACUUAAAGGAACAUCCUGAGAGGGAACCUCAACUUUCUAAAGAAAUGGAGAAGACUUUGCCACAAGAGUGCUGCCAGAAAACACUGCAGAGAGCCGUCAGGGCCGAGUCCCACCUCUUAGAUGUCCACUAUCAGAUGUGUCAGCGCCACUGCAGUGACAUCUACAAGCUUGUGAUGGAAAGUAGGGGAGGGUUAAAUAGGAAUUUUUCAACUAAUCCUAUCAAAAAGGAAUUAGGAUCAGCACUGCUGUCUGUUUUGGGAGACUUGAAAGUGAAGUAUGUGGGUUUGAAAGAGAAGAUAAGCAGGGGCACACCGCUGGACGAGCUGCCCCCGCUGGCCGUCGAGUCCAAGUUGUUGUCCGCCUUCUCCGCCUUUGCUGCCAGGCUAAUGAAAAAAGAAUCACAUGUCUUUUCAGGAGCAGAUUCUGAACUAGAUAGUCAAAGUAUAUGUGAUGUUGACAUUUCUUCAAGCCUAAAAAAAACUCUCUCUCAAGUGGCUUUGUUAUCUGACAGUAGUCAUCCUAAACAAGGUGCCUCACCCGAGGAAGAUGGUUUAAAAAGUGGUGAUCUAGGUGGAUACUUCAGUAAACUGAAACUCGAUGACAAAGAUAACAAAAACUCUCAAGAAGUAAGUGAAGACUGGUUUGAUGCUAAAGAGAACCUGACAGGAGUUGAUUGCUCAGGAAUACAGGAAAGUCAAAUAGAGCAAGAUGGACAGAAUCCGAAGUUUACACCAGAAAUUCAGAAUGUUGAACCCUCACAAAGAGUUAAAGGUUAUUUGGUACAUGUUGGUGGUCUCUGCCCUUCAGUAUCUGAGGCUGAUAUAAGAUCCCAUUUCCAGAAAUAUCAAGUUUCUGAAAUUUCGGUUUAUGAUUCUUCUAAUUACAGAUAUGCAUCUCUUGCUUUUAAAAACAACAAUGAUGCAAAGUCUGCUGCAAAAGAAAUGAAUGGGAUAGAAAUAAAUGGGAAAUCAGUCAAUGUGCGACUUAUAAAAAGUCCUGGAGAAUGUACAUCACCACUGUCCUCCAAAAAUGGAAAGAGAAUUAGUUUGAAUAAUUGGGAGAAAAACACCAACAAAGAAGUCAACUCAGCUUCGUCUGUUUCUAGAUUGCCCAGAACUAGGCCCAGGCACCUGGGAUCUGAGCAAGACAGGGAGUCAUUCCAUUUCGACCAGGAGGGUGUCAAGAUGAAGAAUUGUAAGCAGAUCGACUCCACUGAAUUACUACACAACACGCCUAUUCGGUUCAUACCCCCAAAUACAUUGAACCUGCGCAGCUUUACCAAGAUCGUGAAGAGACUCGCUGAACUGCAUCCGGAUGUCAGCAGAGAUCGUAUUAUAGAUGCUCUUCAAGAAGUAAGAAUGAGUCAUAAAGGUUAUCUGAAUGGCUUGUCUCUUAAUACUAUUGUGGAAAUGACUUCAUCUGUUUUGAAAAACUGUGCUUCCAAUUAGGAAUAAAAGAAGUAAUAAGAGAAUCUCCGUGGGAAGCACGAGUUCCCUCCGACAGAGGACGCUCUGCAGCACGUAGGGAAGACUGUGGAACCCUGAGAUGAUGUGAUUCGAUAAGUUUGGUUAAAUGGGUUUUGGAAUAAGUGUAUUUUUAAGCUUCCAAGAUAAUUACUGCUGACACAUACAUUUAGUGCAUUUUCACGGCCACUGUGAGUCCCUUAGAGGCGCUGUCCCCGUCCUCACCAGGAAGAGGGGCCUACCGUGCUCCGGUGAAGUGCUUGCGUUUCUGUUCUCAUCUUCCUAUCGAAGUUGCAAACAGAAUCGUAGAUGGUGGCGAUCGUAUUGUAAACUCAAUGCACACGUUUAUCACCCAGAUUUAAAGUACUUCGCUUUAA